ACUUGUCAACCAACUGUCAAAUUAAAAAUCAAAACAAAACCAAUUUCCCUUUAAAACGAAAAUGAUAAAGUUCACAAAAACUCAACAAGUAUACUUGAUCCUAAUAAUUGCCAUAACUGUGCUGCUGAUUAUUUACUUGUUCACCGAAACCCAGCCUGGUGACUACGAAAUAACACCGAUUUCUUUGGAUGAAUAUACUUUGAAUUUUUCAAUAAGCUCCAAAGACCAACUGUUGAAUCUCACAUUGAAAUACUCCUUAAAUAAUGAAGAAGCCUGCAAGAAUGACAAUAUUUCAGCAUUAUUUCUAGUCACUUCUUACUUUGGUAAUGUGGAAACUAGAAGUUCUAUGAGACAAGCUUUCAGUAAUGAGAAACUUAACCAGUAUGGCUUCAGAAGGUUGUUUUUGCUAGCCGAGGCCCCUAUGGACAAAUACACCACCCAACAGUCUAUCAUAAACGAGCAUCAAAGAUUUGGAGACAUUAUUCAAGGUAACUUUACAGAGGCUUAUAGAAAUUUGACCUAUAAACAUGUAAUGGGUCUUAAAUGGGCUUCCACAUACUGUCCUAAGGCCAAGUAUGUUAUUAAAAUGGAUGAUGACACUGUUGUAAAUAUGUACAAACUCAAAACUAUAUUAAGUACAUUGAAAAGGAUAGCAAAAAGAGACUUUAUAGCAGGUUAUAAACUGCUUAAAAUGAAACCUAUAAGAGAACCUGCAAAUAAAUGGUAUGUAACUGAAAAUGAAUAUGCUUCAAGCUUCUACCCUACCUUCGUCUCUGGAUGGUUCUACAUCACUAAUCCACAAACGGCCAAAAAACUCUCCACCCUGGCAAACUAUGAAAAAUAUUUUUGGAUCGACGAUGUUUUUGUCACAGGAAUUCUCUCCAAUAAACUCAACACCCCCAUAUAUGAUAUAAGUAAAUACUUCACCGCCAACUCUGAGUUUCUUCAGUGUUGUCUCCAAGACUUUGACAAGGAUCUUGACUGUGACAUUUAUGUGGGGCCCAAUGGGGGAGACACUAAUAUGUUUUACAAGUUUAAUGAAAAGGUGCAAAAGUGUUUAUUGUCGAAUAAGUGUAGGACAAGGGACAAGUUAUUGAAUGAGACUUGUGUGGCCGAGAGGAAAGUUAAUUUGGGUAGAGGGGAUUCUAUUGUUAGUGAUAUUAAAUUAAAGUAAUUAUUA